CUUAUCAAUAUAAUGCGGUGACAGUUCACAGAACUACGGUCUGAAUAGUGUUUUGCUAAUAAACACCAUCUCUCCCCAAAAAAACAUGUCUUACAGUGAAAUUCUCGCCAACGGUCGUAUUUCCAAAGAAGCUCGUGACUUCUACGAACUAAAAAACAAAGCCGCUGAGUUUUACAGAACAAAUGGUGUACCCCAGAGAAUAGAAGAAGUACUAAAUGCAAUGUUUUAUGAAAUGCCGGAAGAUGUGUACGGAUAUUUGGCAAACUACUUCUCUGAGUAUUCAAAGCCUUCUUUGAUAAGUAAAAUUAGAGGAAAAGAAAUGCUGGAUGGCAAGGGACAACCAGUGGUACAAGUAGAAAUACUUUGUACAGUUAAAAACCAUGAAAAGAGUAUCUCUUUUGCUGGAGUACCAUGUCCCUCUGAACUUACUGAGAACGCUUUGCCAGAUGUCAGGCAGUCAAAGGCUAAAGAAAGAAGAGAAUCUGUUAACAUUGCAUUAGAGUGGAUUAAUGAGAUUCUGUGCCCAAUGUUAAAAGGACUUCACCCUACAGAUCAACCUGUAGUUGAUAAACUACUAAGUGACUAUUUUGCAAGAAAAUCAGAGGAAGAAAAAGAAAGGAUGAAAAUAGAAACGGAAACAAUAGCAGUGACUCCAGUCCCACAACAACUGCCAUCAUCUCAACCUCAAAAAGGGAAGAAGGGAAGUGCUAAAGCUAAGAAAAGUGCUACUUCUGAGAAACCAGUCCCUCCAGCUGAGCCGCCUGAACAUAUCUACAAGGGUAGCAUGGCCAUAGGUGCCACUUCAUUGGCAGUAGCCAAGGCUGGGGCAAAGCUCAAGAAAAUCCCUUUAUACAUAUACAUUGCCAUGUUAAAAUAUCAAGAGAUGCCAUUAGAACUGACUAUGCCACUUCCAAUGGUAACCCUUCUGAGUUGUGGAAAGUCAUCACCAGGGAAGUUAAACCUUUUGAAGGAACUGAUAGCAAUACCAAGUACCCAAAUGACUGUAAAACAGAGUCUGAAAAUGUUUUCGGAUCUUCAGCUUCAAAUAACAAGAAUGUUGGAUGCUUCAUCAAAAACUGGUGCUGUAUCUAAAGCAGAUUCAGACCUGGGCUGUAUAAUCACAGGAUACGAUCGAUUGGAACAGCCACUGGAUAUAAUUCAAGAAUCAUGCAAGAAUCUUGGGCUGACUUUAGGAGAAGAUUUACAUCUAGCUGUAAACUGUGCUGCACAUGAGCUAAUGGACUAUGAAAAAGGGAAAUAUGAAAUCAUCACUGGAGUCCAUAAAAGUCCAGAUGAACUUGUAGACUACAUUGUGGAUUUAACAAGCCGAUACCCUGCAGUUAUUGCAGUCAUAGAUCCUUUAAGAAAAGAGGAUAAGGAGCAGUGGGCUAAUCUUCAAGGUAGUCUUGGAAGAAAAUGCUAUCUGAUUGCAGAAGCUGCAUCAAAGACAAUCAGCACACUACUUCUGGAGGAAAAUCUGAAGAAUCCUAUGCAUAAUUGCAUUCUGCUCAAACAAGUUAACCAGACAACCAUUUCUGAUUUGAUAGAAAUUACAAAACAUCUAGAAGGUCAAACAAACAUUACUGCAUUAGGGAGUAGUGACUGGGAGAUAGCAGAUGACAGCCUAGGAGAUUUGGCUGUAGGACUUGGAGCCAAAUUCGUCAAACUGGGAGGUCUGUCCCGUGGAGAACGUGUGAUCAAAUACAACCGCUUAGUUGCUAUAGAGGAAGAAUUAGCUCAGAAAGGAACAAUGGGUGAAAGACAACCACACAUGUUUUCUGCUGCAAAUGAAGUAAUAUUUCCCAUAGAAGAGUCAGGAAGUCUUUUAACAGACCAUUGAGCAUCUUGGCCGAUUGCAAUGAUUGCCUUAUACUUCUGGGGAAGAUAAUAUUACAAGUUGUAUUGUGUAGGCCAAUUAAUCGUGACAAAAAAGUGAAUAAAUAAAAUCUUUAUUUGUUUAUUGAGUCUGCACUCGGUCUGGAAUAUGAAUACUGAUUAAGUAAAUCAAAAACAUUUCUUAUGAAUUGA